AUGGCUCGUGUUAUUCAUGUUGAAGUCGUUCAACGCUUGGAAAGUCGUGCAUCAGUUGAUCAAAUUAAGAUUGCUGUUAACAAGAUGAUCGACGAUAAAUUAAAACCUUCUGCAGGAACUUUCAUCAAACGGUUUGAUGAUGUCUUUCUGGUUGAAAACAUUGAAGCUGUGCUGAUUUCUGAAGGGAAUGAAAUUUCUUGUAAAAAUGGCAUAUUUUCCGAAUUUCAAUUUGUGUACCAUAUUUACCGUCUGAAUGAUGAGGGAAGACAACGUGAAUUAUUAGAAAGUGAAGAAGACGGCGAGGAGUUGAGUGCAUCUAGUCACUGGACUUUGCCUUGUACUGAUUUCCAUGGUCUCUGGGAGAGUUUAGUUUUCGAGAGUUCAUUGAAAGAUGACUUACUUAGCUUUGUGGAGACAACUUUAUUGUUUUCUGACAAGGGUGUCGAUUCCAAUUUUAUUAGUUGGAAUAGAGUAGUUUUACUUCAUGGCCCACCAGGAACUGGGAAGACAUCGCUUUGCAAAGCUCUAGCCCAAAAAUUGUCAAUUCGCAUGGCAGAUCGCUAUAAUCACUGUGAACUUGUUGAAAUUAAUACACACAGUCUGUUUUCAAAGUGGUUUUCAGAAAGUGGUAAAUUGGUGAUGAAAAUGUUCUCAAAAAUUCAUGAAAUUUUGGAGACUGAGUCUUCUCUUGUUUGUGUUCUAAUUGAUGAAGUUGAAAGUCUUGCUCAUGCUCGACAGUCUGCAGUAAAAGGUCUUGAACCAUCGGAUGCAAUUAGAGUUGUGAAUGCAGUUCUUACACAGAUUGAUCACAUAAAAUCUUACCCCAAUGUUUUAAUUCUGACAACAUCGAAUAUAACUGCUGGUAUAGACUUGGCAUUUGUUGAUAGAGCUGAUAUUAAACAAUAUAUUGGAUAUCCCAGUGUGGCAGCAGUUUAUGAAAUUUUUAAAUCGUGUGUGAAGGAAUUACAAAGAACUAAUAUUAUUCAUUCUAAAGAUAACAUUGUAACUCUCAAGUUAUUGGAACUAUCAUCAUUUCAACCUAGUGAAAGUACGAAUACAAGUUUAAAAUUGUAUGACAUUUCAAAAUUAAGUGAAGGUUUUAGUGGAAGAACAUUGCGAAAGCUUCCCUUUCUUGCUCAUGCAUAUUUUGUUCAGAAGCCCUCAGUGUCAUUGACCGAGUUUUUAAAUGCUUUAGAAAAAGCUGUUGGAAAAUUUAAGCAAGAUUGUGAGGAAUUAAAAAGAACAUGA